UUAAUGCUAGUAAAACCUCUGAUAGAAAAGAAGAACACUUUAUUCAGAGAAGCAGUAAGCGUUGAAGAACGUCUGUUGGCCACCUUGAGGUUUCUGGCAACUGGAAGGAGUUAUGAAGACUUAAAGUUUUCUUGUAUAAUUUCUCCUCAGUUACUUGGAAGAAUAAUUCCAGAAACGUGUCGUGCUAUAUACAACUGCCUCCGGAAGAAAUACUUAUGUUUUCCAUCAAAAGAAGAGGAAUGGCUCAAAGUAGCAGAAGGAUUUAACAAUAUGUGGCAAUUUGAAAAUUGCUUAGGAGCCGUAGACGGCAAACACAUAGCUAUCAAACAGCCCCCAGGAAGUGGUUCAUACUAUUAUAACUAUAAAGGAUUUUUCAGUGUUGUGUUGUUUGCUAUCGUAAAUGCUAAUUAUGAAUUUACUUAUGUAAGUUGUGGAGCUAAUGGAAGAAUAUCAGACGGGGGGGUCAUUAAGCAAACAGAUUUUUACAAUUUACUGAUAACAGAUUCUUUAAAAUUACCCCAACCAGUCAAUAUGCGAGGAAUUCUAAAUAAAUUACCCUUUGUGUUUAUUGGGGACGAAGCCUUUAGUCUAAUGACAAAUUUAAUGACGCCAUACAGACAAACCAACAGUAUUGGUUAUGAAGAAAAAUGUUUCAACUAACGACUUUGCCGUGCCAGGCGCGUAGUAGAAAACGCAUUCGGGAUCAUGGCAAAUAGAUUCAGGAUUUUCCUAACGCCAAUAGCUACUAAAGUGGAUACAGUUGAUGAUAUCGUUAUGGCUUGCUGUGUUUUACACAACUUUUUACGCCGCAAAAGCACUUCUUACAUACAACCUAGCAACAUCGAUACUGAAGACAUUAUCUCAGGGACUGUAUUGAUAGGUGAUAUGCACAUGAAUGGAGAACUAGAGAAAGAAUAUUAUAAUAAUGCAGGUGAAGUUGACCUUCAACACAAAUUUGUAUAUUAAGUUUAAGA